GUAGAAGGUAACGGAGAAGUUGUUCAGAAGAAAAAGGAAGUCAAAGGAACUUAUGUGUCCAUCCACAGCAGUGGUUUCAGAGACUUUCUACUGAAACCAGAAAUUCUGCGCGCAAUUGUUGAUUGCGGUUUUGAACAUCCAUCGGAAGUUCAACAUGAAUGUAUUCCACAAGCUGUACUAGGUAUGGAUAUUUUAUGUCAAGCAAAAUCUGGUAUGGGCAAAACAGCUGUAUUUGUGUUGGCCACUUUGCAACAGCUUGAAUUGACAGAAAAACAGGUCUAUGUUUUAGUCAUGUGUCAUACUCGAGAACUCGCAUUCCAAAUCAGCAAAGAGUAUGAGAGGUUCAGCAAAUAUAUGCCUCAAGUUAAGGUCUCAGUGUUCUUUGGUGGUAUGCCUAUUCAAAAAGAUGAGGAAGUUCUAAAAACUACCACACCCCAUAUUGUUGUUGGAACACCAGGACGGAUCUUAGCACUUAUCAAGAGUAAAAAGCUUAAUUUGAAAAAUUUAAAGCAUUUUGUUCUUGAUGAAUGCGACAAAAUGCUUGAACAGCUAG